AUGCGGAGCGUGCAGAAGAAUACGAUGCCAUGUACCUCGAGAGGACUAAGGCCGCUUCCCAAGCCGUUUUUUCAGGACGAUGAGGAUGAAUCGAGUGGAAAAAAGCAUAAAAAGAAACAUGACGGAGGGGAACAAGAGGAGACGAGCUCAGACUCUGAUUCGACAAUGUCGGAUAAGGCGAAGAUGCAGGUUUUGCCGAUAGCGGCGAAGAAAAUCGCGAUGCCGGGUGCACUCACAAAACCACGUCAUCAACCGCCAUGGUACAGUACUCGAAUUCUUGAAGAAGAAAGACCAGAUCUAGCAGGGGCGAACGGUAGAUUAAACUUAGCGAAAGAUGAAGCAGCUUUGAUGGACAUGUUCAUCCGGAACAAGAGCGACCUCCAAACUGGUGAUCUUAUAAUUACAGACGACAAUUUGGACGAGGAUAACAGGAGGUUUAAUCGAUAUGAAGUACAACUCAAGUAUAAUGAGGGACGAUACACUGCACUAUAUCUGAUAUCACGGCAAAUCUGUGCGAAUAACGAAACAGUGGAAAAGAACGUUCUUUUCGCGAUGAAAACAAGUAUUCGACCUAACAGUGUAAAUAUUCUGUUAAGGAUGAAACGUGAGAUACGAAUCCUAAACGAACUAAAGAAAAGCAAAUGUCCUUACUCACCUGUUGUUCUUGAUAGUGGACGAGUAGCUGAUCUACCGUUCAUUGUAAUGAAUCUUCUGGAUCGGAAUCUUGAGAAGUUACGAGAGCAACUUAUAACGUUUAAACCGUCAACCGCCUAUUUUGUUGCUCAUGAAGCUAUUUCAGCAAUAGCGUUCCUUCACUCUCACAAAUAUGUCCAUCGUGACAUAAAACUAUCAAAUUUCUGUAUUGGAUCCGGCCCAUUAUCAACACGUAUUUUUCUUAUUGACUACGGAGAUACGGUGAAACAUGGAAAGAGAAUAAGAUAUGGGACACCAGACGUUUACACUUUACCGUUUUGGAGUCUUGAUGCUCAUAAACGACUUGCGGCUCGAGAAAGAGGAGAUGCUGAAUCGUGGUUCUAUGUGCUUAUUGAUCUGCUGCUUCCGGGAUGUCUUCCGUGGUCGAAACUACACAGCGAACCAGAUAUCGAGUCUGCAAAAGUGAAACUAUGGGAAGGAGGACGAAAAAUCAGUGACAAUCCGUAUAUUCUUUCAAUUUAUGAUCUCAUACAACAAUCAUCUGACAGUUUCGAUCAUCACCGAGCAAGAAGAAUUGUUCGUGAAGCAAUAGACAAUUAUUUAAACGGACCCCUUAUACUUGAAUGGGCACCAGGCUUUCGAGUAAAUUUACCUCCUAUCAAAGGGAAGCGAUUAGUGAAACAAGUUUCUUCAAAGAAACAACGAGACGAAGUGAAGGUUUCUGAUCGAUAUCAAAAAGGAAAACCCACUUUAGUAGGAAAAAAUACGUAA